GGCACGGGGGUUCCCCUUAGCAUAGUAUUCACUGCUUUUAUACUGCGCAUAAUUAUGAAAGCGUAAGCGUCGAAACCAAUAGGCAAUAGCCCUCGGCUAAAAUUAGAUUUUACUCAGCACAUAUACGUGCCCGGAAGCCGCUGAAAAUUGCUUUUUUUACGUGGUGCGGUCACACAAAAGUAGCUAGAUGCUGUCAGUUGUAUACACCGCUGACGCUAUGCUGGGAAAAAUUUUCAGAAAGCGCGAAGAAAUAAAUUCGACAGAAAUCGUUGCUGCUAUCAAGAGUAACACAUCAAAUAACAAUUAUGGAGGAAUUGAAUCAAGCAAACAAGAUGCCUUCUCACCUUCUCUUACUGCUAUACAAAUGAACCAGGUUAUCCAGUCCAGCCAUGUCAACCAAUACAACAUAUUAGAUGGUGGACAGCUAUUGAAAUGGGUUGACACCUGCGCUUGUUUGUCUGCUGAGCGCUUAGCUGGUUAUCCGUGCGUGACUGUUUCAGUUGAUGAUCUUCAUUUUGAGAAUGAGGUCAAGUUAGGUCAAGUGCUUAACCUGAAGGCUCAAGUCAAUAGAGCUUUUACUACCAGUAUGGAGGUUGGUGUAAAAGUUAGCUUUGAAAGUUUGACAACUCAAGAAAUCAAACCAGUUUGUGAUGCAUUUAUCACGUUUGUUGCAUUAGACAACAACGGUAAAAAGGUCAAGCUUCCUCCAUUUUUGUGCCAAAAGCCUGAUGAAAAAACAUGUUUUGCGCUUGCAAAUGAGAGAAGAAAGGUACGAAUCACUCAUGCGAACACAGUAAAACAACUCAUCGCUGAUUAUGAACUAAGUCCUCUACGUUCCCCAUCUCCCAAAUCAACAUUACAUGAUGCUUCUUUCCCGUCAGUUCAGAGCGUAAACGGUGCAGACACUAGAGUUGAAAGUGUUGAACUGGUGCUUCCACCGCAUGCAAAUCACCAUGGCAACACGUUUGGAGGGCAAGUUAUGGCAUGGAUGGAAAACGUGGCUUCAAUAUCUGCUGGGCGGUUAUGCCAUGGUUUAGCAACUCUUCGAUCCGUCGACAUGGUGUAUUUCCGUGGCCCAAGCACUGUAGGAGACCGUAUAGUACUCACUUCAAUAGUAAACAACUCAUUUGAAACAAGUUUGGAAGUAGGGGUUCGUGUUGAGGCUUACAGAUAUGAGAAUGGUAAAAUUGGUGAAAGACGUCACAUUAACAGUGCAUUUCUAUCAUAUGAUAUCACUUCAUCUGGUGUUAAACAACUUCCGCCAUUUCUACCUGAACCAAAGGACGGAAUGCGACGUCAAAAAGAGGCAGCUGCCCGGCGAAAAAUUCGUCUUGAUCGUCGCUACAUACUUUCCCUGCAACGCAACGAUCGCCUAUCUGUUGCAUGGAGUCGAACCAACGCCAUGUACUUAUGCUAUGGAAAUAUCACAGCUCUGAGCAGAAUUGCUGGCAAGAGUGAUUGGACUGUCGCAGCUAGCACUACGUCGGUAACUUUAUGUACGCGUGAGCAGGACGGCGUAUUAUCUUUCUGUGUUACGUUAAAGCCCCAAACAGAGCUGUGUGCAAGUGAUGUAUUUGAUGUUCUGAAGAAUCCGUUCAAACGUGUUGAAUGGGACCCAUUGACAUUAUCAUGUGAUGAGGUGAAGAGAAUUGGUGAUGAGGAUGGUAUUUAUCACACCGUGAUGAAAUCACAAACAUCAGAAGUUCCAAACGACUUCGUAUUACUUGUGUCGGAUCGUCGGCCAGCUACGGACAGUGACCCGUACAAAGUCGCAUUUCGGUCCGUCACGCAUGAUCGAGUCCCGCAAACGACCGGAUUCAGCCGAACGGAAGUGGCUUGCGCAGGUUUCGUAAUACGACAGGACUGCGGCACUUGCACUGAGAUCUCAUACUACAACGAGACGAAUCCAAAAUUGGUUUCGUACGUCACGUGUGACCUGGCUGGUCUAGGUGCUUUGUACUGCCGUGUAUUCCACUGCCUCGAGAAUUAUCUCGUCACAAAUACGACUGUUACGUCAUAAGGACCUUUGCGGCGUCAUGGUCUUCAAUUGUAUUUUAAUUGACAGACUAGUUAAUGUAGGUAAGUAUAAAAUGCGCAGUGAUGCAAAAUCAUAAUUGUUCUGCAUGAUUAGAUGUGCGUCGAUUUUAGUUAGGAAACACUGAAAACCAAAACUUAAUGUACAGUGUAGACAAAUGAAUCGUAUAGUGUAGGAAUUUACAUUGUCAUAUCUACACAAAUAUUGCUUGGUUGAUUUCAACGCUGCAUAAACAACUGAAACUUCUUACCAUUUUUUUCUAUGCAUUAAUUGCAACUGUGAAGUUACAAAGUAUUUCGUGUUAAUUUUUGUUCCAAAAUUUCGACAACUUGUGGUAUUUUUUUGACACUUUUUGCCAUUUCUAACCAGUUUCCUGUUCUUUUAUUUUAUUCAUGUAAAAUCUUUCACGUUUUGUUAUUUUUCUGUACAUUAUUUAAUUCUUCGUGACGAACAAGUAUAUAUACUACACAUCUCAUAAAAUUAAUUUUUUAACAUUUUCUUUGUACAUUUUUAACGGUUUUAGGUAUUUUAUGUUCAUUUUUCGGUUGAUUUUUAAUUUAUUACACACUUUCAUUUCAGGAACCGUUUUAUAAAAUAUUGCACCAAACUAAUUCUAACAAAAUUCUUUGAUUUUUUACUUUAAAUAACCAUUUUGAGCACUUGUUUGUAAUUACAUAAUUAUUCGAACUAAAAAAAAAUGUGAAUUUCUGUCUGAAGGUGACGUAAAGUUAAGUUUUAGGAGAAAUUCAUUUUUUCGCUUUCCUAAAUGUUACGGAGAUUAGAUAAGCAAUGGGAAUGAGUCGUAACCAAAACGCGGCUGUCUGGCUAGCAUAACCUCGUAUGAUACCUGUGUACCAUCUCGUACAUCCACGCGUAACCUUGUUCUGUGGCGUUUUCACAUACCGGUCCGAUGAAACUGUGUUAUUGACAUUUUAAAUCCGACAGUAGGUCUCGUCAUAUUUAUAUGUAGCGACACAACUCUAUAGAGAAUAGUUUUAAUCGUGGUUUGGAAUCGUUUUAAUCGUGAUUUUCUCGCCUA